AUGAGGGGAGACGACGAGCAUGGAUCACCGCUGUGGGAAGAGAAGCUUGGAAGCCAGAAACAGAAGAGGAAACAUGAGAAAGGAUACCAGAAGAGACUUAAAGAGGAGAGGAGUGAAUGGGAGCUAAAAGAAAAGAAAAUGAUUGAAGAAUCUGAGCAGAAGAAAAGAGAAAAUGAAGAAAAAGAGAAGGAGAAAAUUAAGAAAAAGCUUAAAGAAAGAGAAAAAAUAGAGAAAGAGUGUAAGAACAUGAAAGAGGAGAAGGCAAGGAGGGAGGAAGAGAGAGAGAAACUGAGAAAGCUCGAAGAAGCAUUUGAGAGAGAGCACAGUGUGUCACACUUUCACUUUCGCUGGAGAGCUGCAAACCUUAAAAUGUUGUCUCAAGAAUCCCCGUCUAGUAGAGAAGGGACAAUAUUAAGAAGGAAAAGCCGCAGCAUCACUCCUCCUCCAAACAUGUCUGAAUUAAGGAUUUGGUUGUUGGGAGAAGACUGGACAGAUAAGUGUUCAGUGGGAAACUUGCUCUUGAGAAGAAAUGAAUUUGAAACAGAAGCUUCUCUCCCACUUCAUCAAUGUGCUAAAACAGGCAGAGGACAGAUUGAGGAUCAAAGCAUAUCUGUUGUCAUCACACCAAAUCUGUUUCACAGAGAUGUUCCUGCAGAUGAAGUUACUCAGGCACUAAAACAUUGUGAGGCCAUGUCUGCUCCAGGUCCACAUGUACUUCUGCUAAUUCUGCAACCAGAUACUUCUGCUGAGAAGAUCAAAUAUAUGAGUAAAACCAUGAACUCCUGGUCAGAAAAUGCAGUGAAUCAUAUUAUGGUACUGGUGAUGGAGGGAGAGAAAAAAUUAAGUACUGCUAAGGAGAAAAAACUUGUUCCUAGUUUACUUAAAGAAAAAUGGAGGUGGCACAAAAUAAACAGAAUAUACACAGAUCAAGAUAAAUUAUCCACUGACCUGUUUGAAAAAAUUAAGAAUUUUGUGAAGGAGAAUGAAUCAAAUCAUCUCUGCCUGGAAAUUUAUGAAUUACCACCAGAGAUGCUGUCAAGGAAAACAGUGAAGGAGAAAUUUGCCAGAUUUUCCUCAGACGUUAAACAGAAAAUUGGAUCACUUAUGCAAAUAUCAUCUCAGAGUACAAGAAACAAAGAAAUGCCUGUUUUCAAUCUGGUGCUGUUUGGAAGUAACAGUGCUGGGAAGACUUUAGCCGUGAAUACAAUACUGGGCCACGAUGAGUCUGCAGAAGUGUCCGAAUCUAAAACCCAUCAAUGUCUCAAAAGAGAUGGUGAGAUAUAUGGACACAAGGUCACUCUGGUUGAAUUGCCGAAGCUAAACAAAACAUCUCUGUCUCAGAAGGAUGUGCUGCAUGAGGCAUACAAUGCUCUGUCUUUAUGUUCAUUUAACAUAAACGCAUUUUUCCUGGUCCUUACUGUUGAUCUUCUCACUGACGAUGAUAAAGGAGAACUUGAAUUAAUCUGUAACAUAUUUGACACGUCUGAUGGGAAGUUCUGGGAUUGUUUGAUGAUCAUGUUCAUAUAUCAAGGGGACAGGCAGGAUAAGGCUGUCACUGAAUUUCUACAUGUAAACAGAGACAUUCAGAAUUUAUUGAAGCAAUGUGGGGACAAAUAUUACAUACUCAGUAUUAACCAAAGACCUGAUAGUACACAGAUCCCAGAACUGCUGCAGAAGAUCUAUACAGUUACUUGUUAUUCGUAUGUAACAUUUAUGCGAGCACAGACGGAGAAAAGAAUUCAACUGGAGGCCAAAAUUGAAGAAAUUGGAAAAAAAAUCACAGCAUUAAAUAAGAUUAAUCAAAACGCUGAGACUAAGAGAUCAAGCACAAACUGUGUGAGGAUUGUGCUUAUUGGAAAAACUGGAAAUGGGAAGAGUGCAACUGGAAACACUAUACUUAAGAGAAAGGCCUUUAAAUCUCAAGCCAGUUUUAAAUCAGUGACAUCCUCAUGUCAGAAGGAAGAAGGGUUUGUUAAUGGACAUCCAGUCACUGUUGUUGAUACACCAGGUCUGUUUGACACACAACUCCCUAAAGAUGAUGUGAAGCAAGAGAUACUGAAGUGCAUCAGUCUCCUCUCUCUAGGACCUCAUGUGUUCCUGCUCGUGCUUAGAUUUGGAAUAAUUACUGAUGAAGAAAAAGAAACUCUGAACCUGAUCAAGAAAACCUUUGGGAGGAACGCUGGAAUGUUUAGCAUCAUAAUAUUCACCCAUGGUGAUCAGCUGCAAGAUCAGACAAUUGAGAGCUGUCUGGAAGAUACAGAUUCAAAUAUGAAGAAGCUGAUCGGAGAUUGUGGAGGAAGAUAUCAUGUGAUUGACAAUACAAAACCAGACGAUUCUAAACAAAUCACUGACUUGCUGGAAAAAAUAAACAGUAUGGUUGAAAAGAAUGGAGGGGGAUGUUACACCAAUGAGAUGUUUGAAGAAGCAGAAGCUGCCAUAAAACAAGAAAUGGACAGAUUAUUACAGAACAAGAGAGAAGAGAUGGAAAGAGAGAACAAACGUUUAUGUGACAAACACGAGAUUGAGAUGGCAGAGAUGAAGAGAAGAAUAGCAGAACAAAGAGAGUUAAUGGAGAGGGAGAGGAAGGUAAAGGAGGAAGAACUCAGACUCAAGGAAGAGUUCUUGCGAAAUGAACUUAAGAGAAGAGAUGAACAAGAAGAGAAGGAGAAGAGAGAAAGACAAAAAGAAGAAGAGAAGAGAAGAAUUGAAGAGGAGAAGAAACAGGAGGAAUGGAACAGGAAACAAGAAGAAUUAGAAGAGAAAGAAGAAAAGGAGAAGGAGAGGAUUGAAAAAGAGCUUAAAGAAAGAGAGAGAAUAGAGAAAGAGUAUGAGAACAGCAAAAUAGAGAUGAGAAAACAAAAAGAAAAAUGGGAAAAAUCAUGGAAGGAGGAAUGGGAUAAAAGAGUGAAAGAGGAGAGGGCAAGGAGGAAGGAAGAGAGAGAGAAACUGAGAAAGCUCGAAGAGGCAUUUGAACGAGAGCGUAAAGAGGAGGAGGAGAAGAGGAAGAGAGAAGAUAAAGCCAGACGUGAACAGGAAGAGAGAGAACGAAAAGAAAUGGAGGAAGAACAUGAGAGAAAAUUAAAAGAAAUGAAAAGGAAGUAUGAAGAUGAGGCCAGAAAACAUGCAGAAGAAUUCAAUGAAUUCAGAGAGAAAUAUGAGAAAGACUUUCUUACUCUGAUGUUUAAACAUGAUUCAGAGAUGCAGGAACUGAAACAAAAACAUGAAAAAGAGUGUCAUGAGCGUGAAAAGGAGUACAGCGUAUUGAGUGAACUCUCAAAGCAAAAAGAGAAAAAUCUGAAUGAAAAAAUGAAAGAAAUGGGAGAGAAACAUCAAAAAGAGGUUGAUGAGCUGAAGAAGAAGUAUGAGGAUAAAUGUGUUUUACUGUAGGAUAUCUUUACUUCAUUUAUGCCCUGACAUGAAUAGGGUUAGAAGUAAUCUCAAGGUUACCAUUACCACAAAGGCAUUAAUGAAUCUUUUAUUAUUUUUAAGGAAGAAAAAGAAACACAGGUAUCGUAUGCUGCUCAGAGACACAAUAGCUGCUUCUUUUUAUUGUAAAUAUAUAUAUAUAUAUAUAUAUAUAUAUAUAUAUACAUAUUUGGCAGAGCAAAAUUGGUCAUUAAAAUGCUGUUGGUCUGAAUAUCUGUUGUUGAUCAGAACAAAAGCAUUCUUUCUAAUGAAAAUAUUGCUUCAUUGUUAUAUACCAAUGUUAUAGUUCUAAGUGGAUAAAAAGAUCUGAGAAAUAAACUGAACAAGUUUUGCUGACAUUUGAUUAAUAGAAAUAGAAUAAUGAGUCCCUGAAAAAUAAAAUAAGUCCCUAAUGAUUCAAUAUGGGGAUGUCAGUAUGAAAGUAAUUGUUUAUGGUUUAUUGAACAAGCAUAAAAAGCAUUGUUUAAACAUAUUCCAAUAAGGAUAGGUAAGA